UCAUUUAUAUAUACACGAGUCACCAUUUUCUCUCCCAAUUUACGUCAGAAAACCAUCAUCUUCAUCACCGUCACAGCUUAAAGGGAAAAGGGUGCCGUGCAACGGCGACAUCUCAUCGGCCGGCAUCGGAAGUUUAAUUUUCGGUAAUCUAUCUCCGGGUUUGUGAUUGAAAGAAGGGAGAAACAUAAGGAUUGAAGAUAGGGUGCUGUUUGAAGGAUAAUGUGUAUACUCUGUGUGAUUCAGAAGUGGUCAAGAAAGGUCGCUACCAUGCUGCCAUGGUUGGUAAUCCCACUGAUUGGACUGUGGCUGUUAUCCCAAUUCCUUCCACCUGCUUUUCGUUUUGAAAUCACUUCACCAAGGCUAGCUUGCGUUCUUGUCCUCCUAAUCACCCUCUUCUGGUAUGAAAUCUUGAUGCCCCAACUGUCUUCUUGGCGUGCUCGUAGGAAUGCUAGACUUAGAGAGAGAAAAAGGUUUGAAGCCAUUGAAAUGCAGAAGCUUAGAAAGACUGCAAUCAGGCGUUGCAGGAACUGUUUGACUCCAUAUCGUGAUCAGAACCCUUCUGGAGGUAAAUUCAUGUGUUCCUACUGUGGACAUAUCUCCAAGAGACCUGUCUUGGAUUUAUCUGUUCCUCCUGGCUUAGGUCGCCUUUCAAAUUCUGGGAUUUUAAAAGAUUUGGUAGGUAAAGGUGAGAAGAUGUUGAAUGGGAAAGUUUGGUCUGAUAAUAAUUGGAUAUGUGGUCAGGAUUGGCUUGAAAAUGGUGGUAAUUGGGCUCAUGGCUCCAGUUCUUGGAAAUCUAGUUACAGUGACCACUUCUUUUCUGAAAAAUCAUACUCUUUUCUUCUUGUUUUUGUCUGCAAGAGUUUAGGUGCUGUUUUCUUGGGUGUUAUGUGGGUUUUGAAGAAGCUUUUUAGAGUUAGUUUGUCUGAAGAUAACACCUCAACGGAUACAGAUAUUAGGGGUUUAUCCAAAAAGGGUGACAAUGGUGUAAAUUGUAAUGAAAGUAAAAGUGAAAAAGCUCGCAGGAAAGCUGAAGAGAAAAGACAGGCGAGAUUAGAGAGGGAGCAAUUAGAGGAAGAGGAAAGGAAACAGAGGGAAGAAGUUGCAAAGUUAGUUGAAGAACGUAGGAAGUUAAGAGACGAAAAAACAGUAACCGAAAAAGAUGAAGAAAAGGAUAAAAAAGAAACUGAAAGGAAACGCCACGAGAAAAAGAAAGAAACUGAAAGAAACAAGAAAGGGGACAUUGAUCGUGGUCAAAAUUUGACUUUAAAGUCCAACACCACUGAAACAGGACAUGGGUCAAAGGGUACAACGGUAAAUACCCAUAACAACAAGGGAACUGUUGGUGGAAGGUAUUUGGAUCGAAUGAGGGGUAACUUUUUCCCAUCUUCAAGAACACUUGGCACAGGUGGUUUCUUUGGGAAAGGGACAAAUGCAAAUUCAAAUGCAAAUGCUGGAAACACAAGAGAACAUAGAUCCAGUUCUUAUUCAGAUCAUUCCCAAAAUACCCCUAAUAAGAGAGAUUCUUUCCAGAAUGAUCGUGGAUUUGGGAAAUCAAAUCCACAUCCAGAUGAUCAUAACCAUAUUCGUCCUGCAGUUUUUGAGCCCCAACCUUGUCCUCCUCCUAAAAGAUCAUGGCAACAGCUAUUCACUCGGUCAUCAACUACUACUACUACUACUACUCCAUCCACCACCACAAAUGUCAUAAGCCGACCAAACGGAGGAAUACCUAAUUCCAUUCCACCAACCGAAGGAAUCACCAAUUCCAUUCUAUUGGGAUUACCUUACCAUUCGCCAUCGAAUCCCAUUCUUCCACCGGAAGUGGAAGAAUUCGACAAUUUUCAAGACCCAUGUUACGUUCUGGACCCCACAUCCUUAAUCGGGCCAGUCUCGGAAUCACUGGAUGAUUUUCAACUGGACUUAGGGUUUGAAAAGUCAAGGCCCGUGAAGGCCCAUUCGGAAGUUAACAGGCCAUCACCGAUUGAGUCUCCUAUGUCAAGGUUAUCGGUUUCCAGCACUCAAAGUAAGACAAAUUUGCCCCUGGAAGAACACGGUGGUGGAAAUGAGAAGGAGUGGCAAAUGUGGAAUAGUACUCCUCUUUGUUUGGAUACUCUUGGGUUAAUGGGAAAACCUAAUGAUGAUCCAUGGGGGACAAUGAGAACUUCAUACGGAUCUAUGUCAAGUAAUAACAAUAACAACAUUAACAUUAACAACAACCGUUUGAAGAAUUCAAACCUUCCGGAAGGAAUUGGUCAUAAUGUUUGGGCCAAAAAUGAGAAGGGUGCUGCUGGGGUUUCUGGUGAAGGGGCAGGAUUGAUGAUGCCUCCUGUUGCUGGGCUUUACUCGGGUCAAGAUGUACAGGCAGUUUGGUCAUAUGAAUGAAAGAUUUAAGAAAAAAAAAAAAAAAACUAAAACAAGAAA